AUGACGGGGAAGCGAUCCAAGACUAAUUGCAGAUCUGCUUCUCACAAGCUGUUCAAGGACAAGGCCAAGAACCGUGUUGAUGAUCUCCAAGGGAUGCUCUUGGAUCUCCAGUUUGCCAGGAAAGAGAGCAGAGGCACCGAUGUGACACUUCUUGAGGAGCAAGUGAAUCAGAUGCUCCGUGAGUGGAAAUCAGAGCUCAACGAGCCUUCUCCUGCAUCAUCCUUGCAACAAGGUGGUACUUUGGGGUCUUUCUCAUCAGACAUUUGCCGUCUGCUUCAGCUCUGUGAUGAGGAAGAUGAUGCAACCAGCAAACUAGCUGCUCCCAAGCCCGAGCCUACUGAUCAGAAUCUCCAAAGG